AAUGCAGGCCCGUGAUUGGGAGAUAAAACAAGAUCUACAGUAGCCGAUCCAGCUACACACCGCACUGUACGAAGGUACACUCUAAUAGCUUCAUAGCCCUAAACAACUUUUACCUUCUACUGUACACGUGUAGGGCUACGUGUACGUGUACAGCUGUACACGUGUACAGUACGAGUAACGUUGUAGCCCUCUAGCUAGUGGCUAUCAGCGAAAGGAUAUGAGCUUAGAAAGGAUAUUAAAAGGAUGAGCGCGCGGUGUGCUGUAACAUCGCGCAGACGCCGUUUUUGGCUCUGUAACUGCACGGCACAUUAGAUGACAUCACCCGCGAGGUGCGCGGCUCGACCGCGUUCGUGUCUGAAUCGCAUGAGCAAAGCAUAGACUGGCGCGAUCGCGUCGAUUUGUAAAAGAGCAAUUUUCUUCGCAGCUACAGCCUCGACCCGCGGAGUUCAACUGCCGACGCAAGCGAUCGUUUUUUUUUGCGUUGUGCGAAUUUUAAAUAUGCGCUUAUGUGUUCACGCGAUAUAUUCACGAAGUUUUUUUACGUCCCUAACUGUUUCCAUGAAGUUUCGACUUCGCGUACGCGAGCUCAGGAGACGGCAAAUGUUUGUAACGCCGAGUCUGUUUUGCAAACGACGGAUCUGUGCGCCGGGACAGCCUGAUUCAGCGCCCCAGGUGUAAAAAACACGCUUGAAUGAUCGUUUACGCCGUAUAGUCGAUGUUCGCUUUGACGCUCCGUCCUCAACCGCGGCGCGCGCC